GGAGAGCUGGAGUCACCUACGAAGGUGUCCUCUGAUACUGAACCCCUACAGGAAGCCACGUGUGCCCCGCUGGGGCACAGCCCCAGCUGAUGCCCCAGAGAGGCCAUCCAUCUCAAGAGGGGCUUUGGGCCCAGCCCUCCCUCCCCAUGGCACAUGGACCAGAGCCUGAGGCCGAUGGACUGUUGGACCUCAGCUUCCUGACAGAGGAGGAGCAGAAGGCCAUUGAUGACGUCCUCAAACGAGACGCCCACCUGCGCCAGCUGGAGGAGGGGCGGGUCAGCAAGCUCCGGGCCUCGCUGGCAGACCCUGAGCAGCUGAAGAUCCUGACAGGGGACUGGUUCCAGGAAGCACGUUCCCGACGGCACCACCCUGCCCACUUUGGCUCUGACCUUGUCCGAGCCUCUAUCCGCAGAAAGAAGAGCUCCAGGGGAGACCAGGCUCUGGGCAGUGAUGGGGAGGCUGAGGCUGCCGGGAAAGGGAAUGAAGAGGAACCAGAGCCCAGGCUCCCCAUAGGUGAGGCCCCUCAAGAGAGGCUCAGUGAGACUGAGGGACAGGAUUUCCCAUCACCAUGUGCCCCUCCGAAGGCUUCAGAUCAUGAGGAGGAGUCCCAGGCCCAGGAAACCCCUGGCCAAGGGGGCGUGCAGGUCUGCGCCGAGGAGGCGGACCCGGAGUUGGAGCCCGCGUCCAGGGAAGAGAAGGAGCCAGAGCCACCCCCAGCCCAGACCAAGGCGGCAUCCGAGAUCCUGGAGAACGGGCAGGAGGCCCUGGGGCCCGGCCCCUCACUCGACCGCAUGCUCAGCAGCAGCUCGUCCGUGUCCAGCCUCAGCUCCUCCACGCUGAGCGGCAGCCAGAUGAGCCUGUCGGGGGAGGUGGAGACCGGCGCGGUGCAGGUGCGCGGCUCCGUGCACCUGGCGCUGCGCUACGAGCCGGGCGCCGCCGAGCUGCGCGUGCACGUGAUCCAGUGCCAGGGCCUGGCCGAGGCCCGGCGCCGCCGCUCCGACCCCUACGUCAAAACCUACCUCCUUCCGGAUAAGCAGAGCAAGCGCAAGACGGCGGUGAAGAAACGGAAUCUGAACCCGGUCUUCAACGAGAUUCUCCGGUACUCCGUCCCGCAGGCCGAGCUCCGGGGCCGCGUGCUGAGCCUGUCCGUGUGGCACCGCGAAAGCCUGGGUCGCAACAUCUUUCUGGGCGAAGCCGAAGUGCCCCUGGACACGUGGAACUGGGACUCCGAGCCCGCCUGGCUCCCCCUGCAUCCCCGGGUCCCACCCUCUCCCGACGAGCUUCCCAGCCGUGGGCUUCUCUCCCUGUCCCUCAAGUACGUCCCCGCCGGCUCCGAGGGCCCGGGACUGCCCCCGAGCGGGGAGCUGCACUUCUGGGUGAAGGAAGCUCAGGACCUCGUGCCGCUGCGCUCAGGAUCCCUGGAUACUUACAUACAAUGCUCAGUGCUGCCUGAUGACAGCCGGGCCAGCCGCCAACGUACAAGGGUGGUACGUCGCAGCCUCAGCCCUGUGUUCAACCACACCAUGGUUUAUGAUGGCUUUGGGCCUGCUGACCUUCGCCAGGCCUGUGCUGAGCUCUCCCUCUGGGACCAUGGGGCCCUGGCCAGCCGUCAGCUGGGGGGCACACGCCUCAGCCUGGGCACAGGCAGCAGCUAUGGGCUCCAGGUGCCCUGGAUGGAUUCCACACCUGAGGAGAAGCGGCUGUGGGAGAUGCUUCUGGAGCAGCCCUGCGAGUGGGUGGAUGGUCUUCUGCCCCUCAGAACCAACCUGGUUCCCAGGACAUAGACCUACCCGACCCCUCUCUCUGGACCCCCAUCUCAGGGCCUGCCCUUGCCUACA